UGCAAAUGUUUCGCAUACACUCGCUCACGCGGCCCGAAAGAUCAGCAGAGGUUAUCGCUGCGUGCGCGCAGGUCUGCGUUCGAUAAUCAAUUCAAAGUCACCAACUCGUCACUCGUCGGUCAGCUGUCGCGGCGGACGGACGUCUCUAUGUUAACGGACCCGCGCAUCCUUAUCGAGUUUUCCUGCAUAUUUAUUUAUUACAACUUUUUCUUUUGGAAAAUCGUCGAUUACAUCCUCAAGCUGCUUUUGACGAAUUUAUCGGACUUGUUCGAGAUGGAUGAUGUGGAGUGAUAAUGUGAUUUGAGUGGUUUUGUUUGUGGUCUAUUUAUUUAUUUAUUCAACCUGUGAUAUUAGUGGGUAAUUCGUAUUUAAGUGUUUAAUUUAUUAUAACUAUUAUCGAAAUGGAAAUGAAACAGCAAGCCGGAGUUAUAACAAUACACCAAAUGCGCCUGCACCGUUGUGAGGGGUGCCUCGCGGCGUGCGGACCCGUGCGGCGCUGCGCCCGCCCCCCGCACAGGACCAUCGCCAGCGCCCUAAGAAGGAAGUCAACGCGAGGUCGCCGCGCUCCCUACCCCGCCCCCGCCCCCGCAGCCCCCGCCCCCGCCGCCAUGCAGGCCGCGCCGCCGCCCGACAACAGCGCGCCGCCGAUGCCAUGGUUCGGCAUGGACAUAGGUGGCACCCUAACCAAGCUGGUCUACUUCGAGCCCCGCGAGAGCAACCGACGGGAACUGGACAAGGAAACUGAAGUGCUGAAGAACAUCAGGAGAUAUCUCACGAGGAACUCCGCGUAUGGGAAUACGGGACGACGCGAUGUGCACCUGCAGAUGGACAACGUGACAAUCCGCAACCGGCGCGGCACCCUCCACUUCAUCCGCUUCCCGUCGUCGGAGGUGGGCGCGUUCCUGCAGCUGGCGCGGUCUAAAGGCAUGGCCGCAUUGGUCAACACUAUAUAUGCUACCGGGGGAGGCGCUUACAAGUUCGAGGAGGACUUUAUUAAGGAGGUGAACAUGCGCCUGGACAAGCUGGACGAGCUGGACGCGCUUAUAGCGGGUGUUCUGUUCGUGGACGCCAUGAACCCGCAGGAGUGCUACUACUGGGCGCCGCUGGAGGAGCACCCUGUGCACGAGCACGCCAGCGACACGCCGCCCUACUCCGAACAAGCGCUAUCCAUGUACGUGCGUAAGCCGUACGACUUCUCCAACCCGUACCCGUUCAUCCUCGUCAACAUCGGCUCGGGCGUCUCCGUGCUGGUCGUCACCGGGCCUGACGACUGUCGCCGCGUCAGUGGGACCAGCCUCGGCGGCGGCACCUUCCUCGGGCUCUGCUGCCUGCUGACGGGCUGCGCGAGCUUCGAGGAGGCUCUGGCGCUGGCGGCGCGCGGCGACAACACGCCCGUGGACAAGCUCGUGCGCGACAUCUACGGCGGCGACUACGCGCGCUUCCGCCUGCCCGGCGACCUGGUGGCCAGCAGUUUCGGCCACAUGUGCGCGGCUGAGCGUCGCGCCGCCGUGUCCCGGGCGGACCUGGCUCGGGCCACGCUCGUCACCAUCACCAACAACAUCGGCUCCAUAGCGCGCCUGUGCGCCCUCAACGAGAACAUAGACAAGGUGGUAUUCUGCGGCAACUUCCUCCGAGUGAACCCUCUCUCCAUGAAGCUACUAUCCUACGCGAUGGCGUACUGGUCGCGCGGCGCUCUGAAGGCUCUGUUCCUGCAGCAUGAGGGAUACUUCGGUGCAGUCGGGUGCUUGUUGCAGUUCGACGACGCAUACAGAAAGAAAAAGAGCUAAUAGCCAGCGAAUACAUUAUCUAACAGGACUAUAAUAGUACUAAGACUAUACAGUACGGUGAUUCAGUAGAAAUUCCGCCCUAGACGAAGGCAAAAACGAACGAUUAGCAACAAAGAUAAACAUAAAUCAUUUAUUUGACACACUGGCAACAAUAAAACGUAUAAGAAACUAUACAAAAUAAAGAAUAACAUAAAGGUUGCCGUCGAGAGCGUCAAAAAGACCUCAGCUCAGCUUGUGCUGUAGACAAUAAAGCCAUAGGUAUAAGGUGACCUAAGAAACGAACACUAGCGCUACGAUAGACGAUGGAACUAAACACUGAAUACCUAGCAGUCUGUGACAGUGUAGCUGACUACGACAUUUGGGCCUCAUCCAUCUUAAUUUCGCUCGCAUAUUCGCUAAAGUCUAGGGCGGAUUUAUUUACUGAAUUGCAUAGCUGGUAUUCCUCGGAGCUUAUUGUCUGAUUAUGCUUCUAUAGCUAUGGUAGGAGCUGUCAAUUGACUAAUCAAAGAUACAGGGUGUUGCAAAAAUGGCAGUAGUAAUACGAAAGGGCUGAAUCAGCUCGUCAUUCUGGACAACUUCGAGAAAAUUAUAAAGAAUCUUGUACUUCCUGUACUAAAAAUUACGUGUCCAAAAAAGUUUAUUUGGAGAGGCCAUUUUGUUUUUCAGGAAGAUCGUGAAAAGAAAAUGGCAACAAAAAGUUGUUCAGAAUGUCGAGCUGUCAAAUGACUGCUCCUGUCAUUUUGAUAGCGAUAGCAGGAAAAUGAGACAAUAGUUCCCCUUGUACGCUAAACGAAAAUAUCCAUCACCGCUUUCUUAAAGUUAUAUACCAUUUUGAGGACAAUAAUGUAUGUAUUUUGGGAAUUUAAGUACUCUUUACGCUGCUUUCUAUAAGCUUGUUGAUUUGACAUUUAUAUUUAUCCUUCACCUGUAAGUCUUAGGAUCAAACUGUUUGCGCUAGGGUGGGUCUGGAUCUUUUUUGUUGACUGUACAUUGAUAUCAAUUCUGAAUUUACUAAUUCAUAUUUAGGAGCUGUCAAAACCUUAAUUUCUUUGUUUAAAAUUCGACUCUAGAGUGUUCCCGUAGCUCAAUUUAUCAAUUAAAUUUAUAUUUAGCAAAAUUUUAGUUUGACAGCGCUCAAAUUUGAAUAUCUGCCUUCAGAAUCGACAUCAUUGACCUACCAAUUUUUAUACCCUGUUUAUGGUGUUGCAAAUAGACUAUAGAAAUGAAGGGAAUUCGCACAACUCAUCAGAAACACAUUUCGAAUAUAUCUUAAUGUUUCUAAAACACCCUGUAGGUGGGUGCUGAUUAUUUUCUCCGCAUAUUUAUACUUACAUAUGUCUGUAAAUUUAUUUGUCCUUUCCCAAUUAUAUUUCAUGUCUUAAAGAGUAAGUAAUUUGAAAAAUGGUGCAUUUUAUUCCUCUGUAAAUAUAAAUGCUUUAUUGAAAUAGAUAAAAAUAGGUACAUUACAUAUACAUAUAUUAUAUAUUUAGUAACGCAUAAUAAAUAUAAGUAGUUGAUUGUUUUGGAAUAUUCCUACUUAAUUAAUUUAUUAUGAAUGUAGAAUUUAGAUUUAUCAUUCCUAUUGUGUUUUUUUUGUUGUUCAAUAUAAAAUGUAUAUCUACCUAACAACUUAUUUACCACAAUACCUACACUAGAAACCACAUAACUUGACCAAUACGCAGAAAACACUUACCAUCAAAACCUAGACACAUGUCAUGCUCAGUGCCAAUUUCUCCAUAAUGGGUUAGAGCAUAACCAGGGAUUCAUUUAUUAUUUUACUUUACUUUACUUAAACUAUUGCUUGACUUUUGACACAUCUGUCAAGAGUUUAAUAUGGAGAUGACGUAUAAUUGAUCAACCUUUCCCUGGUUACGAUCUAACCGACUAUGCAGAAAUUGGAGCUAAACGCUAUCAGUUUGCUGAAAAGUCUCACUGUGCUGCUAUUAAAAGAAUAAAACUUUGUUUUAUGGGUGUUUAAAUCAAAAUUUAACACAUUUAUAUGGUGUUUGACAGCUAACUGCGCUUAGGAUGACAUGUUUCUAAGUUUUGAUGGUAAGGCCCUUAGAUUUGAGACGCGGAUUGGAAUGUGUCAAAACCGCGCGACGCCAUUGGUCCGCGCUAUGCCGCUCGCCCGCUAUUGGUCCAUUCUCCGAAUCCUCUCUUGUUAUUUGUUCAUAAAGGCUUCAUACGGAGACGGCAGCCAUUUUGGUCAAGUUAUCGUGGUUAGUUGGGUACUAGACAUAUACAGAGUCCAGCCAAUCCUAACGUUACAGCUGUUUUUAUAGUGAUGUGAUUGGGCGCAUGUUGAGGCAUGUAACCAAUCACACAUGAGUUUGAUUACAGCUACGGUGCUGCCAUCUACAGUCAGCACAAGGUUUUCGUCCAAUUUUCAAGAGUAACCCCCUUAUUCAUAUAAAACUUACUGGACACUUUUGCUAUUGAACUGUUUUGUCACUCUCUGACAGAGAAAAAUUUGUUCUAUUGACAGAGAGUGACAAAACAGUUCAAUAGCUAAAGCGUCCAUCAUAUUUUUUUUAUGAAUAAGGGAGUAAAGUUGUUAAUAAAGUAUAAAUGGAUCUGGAGACGCUAAAUGCUUGUAUUUUAGAUUUUACUGUAAUAUUGACUGAAAACGUCUGGUUUUUGCAGUUUCAGUAUUAUGAUAUUAUACGAUAUUAUGUUUUUGAAAUUUGAGGGUUCGAAGAAAUUCCACGUAUCCAUUUUUACAUGAAUUUAUGCAAAAAUGCCAACAAAUAGAUUGAUGACAACCCUUCCAUGCGUGUAUUUGUUUAAUUUCUAUAGUGUUAUAGCACAAAUUAAAGUUUUUUUUAAAUUGUAGUUUUACUAUUAUGUGAUCUAGUUUAGGUAGUAUAAAUACAUUUCGUACAGAGGUUAUUCGUAAGUUUUGGCUCCGAAAAUAAAAUUAUAAUUAUUUAUUUAUGAUGAUACAACAAUGUUGUGGGAAUAAAACUAUUUUAUUUUUUAAUUAUUUUUAGACGGUUGAGGUGAUGAUGGUUUUUUAGCUAUAUUGACAAUUCAAAUAAAAUGUUUAAUGAAA